AAUUAUCCAUAUUAUUCCACAGGAAAAAUCCUAUUAUAACUUUGUUUACUACAAUUUUUAUGGUCGAGUUUAUGAAAUCGAUUACGACAAACAAUUUAGUUUUCACUAAAUUUUUUCAAAUCAAAAUAAUUAAAUAAAAAUAAAAAAUGAUAUGAAGAAAUCACCUAAAAAGAAAAGUUAAAAAAUGAUAUGAAGAAAUCACCUAAAAAGAAAAGUUAUUUUUUUUUCAAAUCGAAAGUUCAAAAAUACUAUUGUAAAAAGAAAAGUUAAAAAAUUUUCCUUCCCAAAGGGUAGGGUUCAAAAUAUGUCUAUGAUUUAGUCAACAUUUAAUAUUUUGUGAUUAUGUGUUGAGUAUCUUGACUUAUAAAUAUGCAAUCCUUAUGUUAAAUAAAAAUAUUAUUGAAUUAAACAUUGAAAUUUCAUUUGAUAAAUUAACUACAUUAAUCUUUUAACAACAUGUAUUGAGAUAAUACACGAGGAAACACAAUAUUUAUGAAGAAUACUUCACAAUAUUUGAGCAAUCCAAGACCAAAAUAGUUGAAAAAUAAAUUCAAAUUAUUAUUAAUAUAAAUCAAUAAAACCUCCCGGCCAAUGGCCGGGUGAAAAGCUAGUUACACAAUAGAGCAUUUUGUGUGUUGGAUUCAUAACUCUAUGGUUGUCGAUAUUGUACCAUAGGUUGUGGUGUAUUAUAAAAUCCGCUAGUGUUGCGUAAAGGAGAUUUUAUUAAGAACGUUGGUUUGUCGGAGAAGAUCGACUUGUCCAAAUAAGAAAGUCUCUCGAUUAGAAAAAUUUCAUACUAACCCGAAUGUUUUCUAUGAUGAAUUUUUAAGUUACUUGCAUGUACCAUAAUCGAAUGUUUUCGAUUAUAAAAAUGCCAAUAAGUACGAGAUUACUCAAAAGUGUAACUCUAUUUCAAAUCAACAGUCUGUCAUCCAAGAGUGUAAAAUAAACGAAAUAAGUCUGGGUUUAUUGAAGGAAAAGAAGAAGAAGUGAAGAAGAAUGGUCAACAUGACAUUAUUCUUCUCCGAUGAAGGAGAAUGCAAGAGACAGUGAAUGUCGAUAGCAUCACGCAUCAACAGUAUUUACCGUUGAUCAAUCCAUCAUGCUAGAAUGGAGAAUCACUUCAAAAUUGACCAUGAGUAACCAAAGGAAUUUUUAAUUUGUCACUCUUCAUAUUUGGCCCUAAAAUUCAUUGGGAAGAUUUGUUCAUAUCCAAGUAUUGAGAAUUUGAGAUCUGACUUACAAAUUAACAUGACAAAAGCUUGUUACCCAAUGCACAAAACGAAUAAGUACGAUUUGGCUCCAAAAAAGUGUAAAUUCUUCUUGGGCUUACAUCUCAUGCUGACAUCACGGAUCUACACCACCAAUGACCAAACACCAACAAACCAGAAGAAAUCUUAAACAAGAGAGAAAAGAAAGCAAAUUCCCAAGGUGACAUGUUGAGAACGCUAUGCUGAUGUCAUCAGAGAAUCCCUGGGCUUAGCGUGUCCAGCUAAUGGAAUGAACGGUAAACCUCUUUGCCUUUAUUGUGACCUUUGACCUUCCACUAAUCUGGUGAUCCUUCCUUGUAUAUAAAGCUGAUGAAAAGCUCCGCAGUUUGUAGUUUGUACUCAUUCUUCCACCCAAAUUGCCAGUUCUUCGCAGUUGCUUUCACAGCUAGAAAACAGAGAAAGAGCCCCAAGAAAGAAAUAACCCACAAAAUCCCUGUAAAUUAGGAAAGAAGAAAUGCCCGAAAGAGAGGAUUCUUACGCCGUUCGCGAUUCCCGCCAGGUGGUGAAGAAGUUCUUGGCCAGGCCUCAGCACGAGGGAGUCGGCGCCAUUGUUAGAAGGAGCAUUGGAAGGUUUGAACUGAAAUACUUCGAUCCUUUCCUUGCUCUCGAUGAGUUCUCUGUCACUGCGCCAGCAGGAUUCCCCGAUCAUCCACACAGAGGUUUCGAGACGGUCACGUACAUGUUGCAGGGAGCGGUCCUGCACGAAGAUUUCGAAGGUCACAAAGGGACAAUCGGAGCCGGCGACGUGCAAUGGAUGACCGCCGGCAGAGGGAUUGUUCACUCCGAGAUGCCUGCAGCUCAAGGCACCCAAAAGGGUCUCCAACUCUGGAUCAACCUCUCUUCCAAGCACAAAAUGGUCGAGCCAAGGUACCAAGAAAUCGCGAGCAAGGACAUCGCGGAAGCAUCAAACGACGGCGUGAAGGUCAGAGUGAUAGCAGGGGAAGCUCUGGGGGCCAAGUCGCCGGUGUACACAGUUACGCCGACGAUGUACCUGGACUUCACGCUGAAGCCGGGAGCACAACUCCGGCAGCCGAUCCCGGCGCGUUGGAAUGCGUUCGUGUACGUGCUGGAAGGGGAAGGAGGGUUCGGGAGCGCGACGAAACCGGUGACUGCAUCGGCUCAUCAGCUCCUGCUUCUGAGCAACGGCGGCGGUGGGGAUGGGUUGGAGGCGUGGAACAAGUCGUUGAAGCCGCUGAGGUUUGUAUUGGUCGGCGGGGAGCCGUUGGGGGAGCCGGUGGCGCAGUUGGGUCCGUUUGUGAUGAACACGGAGGAGGAGAUUGAUCGGACCGUUGAUGAUUUUGAGAAUUUUGUGAAUGGGUUUGAGAAGGCGAGGCAUUGGAGGUCUGAGAGUGGGAUUAGCCUUGGGUUUUAGAGGCGAAAACAGAGUUAUGGAAAUUGGAUGGUUGAUUUCUUGUUUUUUUCGUGCUAUGUCUUGGUUGGUGUUUGAUUAGAAGUGGAGGGAUAGAUUCAUUUAUUAGAGAGUAGAAUGUAGAGAUUGCUCUCAAAAUGUAAAUUAGGGUCUUCCUUUUGUUUUUUUAGGGAAAAUCAUUUACCGGCACCCGAGAUUAUACAAACUUCAACUUUAUGAUUUGGUUUUUUUUAAGGGUACGAAGGAUCGAUAAUAAUAACGACUAGACAAUAAUUAAAGAUAAUUAUGACGGACUUUACAUAUACAACUCAUUUGACAAAGACAAAUGGGAAUGGUGGUAGAGUAGUCAUUAUUGUUAGGUUACUCAACAAGGCAUGAAAUUAUAUAUUUGGUAUGUCUCCUUUCGAAAUAAGAUACUAUUAUGAUUUGAGGUGACUUAGAUCAUAUCUCACAUAUAGUUGAGAUAUUUGAACGAAUAAGCUUAAUUUAAGUUAGUUCCCAUCAUCGUUCAUUAUUGAUGGGGGCGACAAUGAAUAUGGUGAUUGAGAAAUGAAGAAGAAGUGAGAAGUCGUUAAUGUAGGAAGCAGUGAAGUCGGUGAUAAAAAUAAUGUCGUUGUUAGGAACGAUUAGAAACCGAACAAAGAGAAAUUAGGGUUACUGAAAUCUGGCUGAGUCGCGGACUAGUUCGCUUUAUUUAAGACGUUUGUGACGCUACCUCUUUGCGCACAACAGACCAUCACCAUUCGCCUCAAGGAUAAAAACACCUUCCUUUGUUGAUCGUUGGUUUUGUGCGAAAAACCGAAACUCUAUAAACUCUCUCUCUCUCUCGUGUUUCUACUCUUCGAAUUUGGUGUGUUUAGAGGGUCUAAGGGGUCAGGAUAAAACAACCUUCCUUUGUUGCUCGUCGGGUUUUGCGAAAAACCGGAGCUCUAUGAACUCUCUCUCUCUCUCUCUCUCUCUCUCUCUCGUGUUUCAGAUUUUCGAAUUUGGUGUGUUUAGAGGGUCUGAGGGGUAGCUAUUUAUACGAGUCGAGACCCCUCAAAAUUCCUCUUUCAUGGGGAUAAGUCAUGCUUAAUUAGGAGAUAAACCUCUCCUUAAUUAAACUAAUUACCCGAGUUAUCUCUCGAAUUCCUUUUAAAGAUACAGAAUAAUUCAGUUUGGAAUUUCUCCAUAAAUAGUAGUCCCAACGACAGGCACGUGUAUAGUGGCCCAUUAGGUUUUGAUUCUCUCACAAAAGUGGGUCAUCCCAAGGAGCAAUGCCCUUAUAAGAGAACUCAAUUUUUAUACUCGUUUGACAAGAACUCUCCCAGCAAUGUGACAGUCUUGCCUUGAGACAUAUAGCUUUCAAAACAAUUCACCAUUUCCAACAAGAACAAGUAAGAGACUAUUGAUAAUGGAGAUACAUCAGCCGAUGAAGAAGAGGAUGGCAUGGUUAUUGGUAGAUAAGGAGGUUUUGAUGGCAACGCAAAAAUACUAUAAAAAAAUGGAAACUCACUGCGAUUUCUGGUAGGAGCGAGAUUAAGUAGGUUACUAGGUCCUUUAUGAGAUGGCUUUCUUGCAUGAGUUUGAUUUGUUACUAUCGAUAAGAUCAUAGUAAAUGUACUAGGUAGGAUGUCAAAAAUUCUCUAACGUAUGUUAGUUUCAAUUUUUUCUGUUCAUGAAGAAUUUGAAUGAUUUUAUUGCACCAAAUAAAAGAAGAAAUCUUACUUCAUAAAGUAGGUUAUGAGAUCGAUAGAUUGUCAUCAGACCAACAAGCCGAACCCAAAUCUAAUCAAAUCAUGAGGUUGGAAUUUUUAUAGUCCAUACUAUGAGAUUAAAUCAAUUGGUAAUAUUUUU